AUGAUAUUAUCAAAUGAAAAAAUUCCCCAAUUAACUGAUAAGUGGGGUGAUAUGUAUUAUUACUUUUAUAUAUUUUAUAAAAAUCAGUGUAUAUAUAGUAUUGAUUUAAAAAAUAAUAAUAAUCAGGAAAGAAAAAAAAAAUCAAAUAAAAACGAGACAGAAAAAUUACUACUAGGUUCAAUUUAUGCUAUCAAUUAUUUAUGUUCUAAUAUACAACCAAAUAAAAAAUUGAAAAAUCUAUAUAAAUCUAUAUCAAAUUCAAAUCCUAAACUUAUUAAUACUAGUGCAAAUAUUCAAAGCCAAAAUAAUAUAAACCCACAGGAAAAUAUACACGUUGGAAAUUUUAAUUGUUUUAAUACUCCAUUUUAUAAAUUACACUACGUAGAAACAUUAACAGCUUAUAAAUUUGUUUUAAUUACACAUAAAAAUAUUCCAAAUUUAUCAAAUUUUCUUAAAGACAUUUAUAAAACUUUAUUUAUCGAUCUUAUCAUUUUAAAUCCAGUUUAUAAGAUAGGAGAUGAAAUAAAAGAUAAAAUGUUUGAUGAGAAAAUAUUAGAAAAAAUCAAAAGAUUAUACGUCGGGUGA